GCUCGGGGCAGGAGCUGUCGGGUUGGAGGAACGGAGGUGUCUGUGGCUUUGAUCAGGAAUAGCUGCAGCUAAUGCAGAGAAUCGUGGGGGCGUUUGAUGCAAACUCCCACUACAUCACAACCUAGACUUUGCCAGCUUCUCCCGCUGUAAUACGCGGGGUCCCCCCCACCCCCCGCCUUGGGGCAGCAGAGGGGUUGUCUGGGACCCUGUAAUUCUGCAGACAACCUGCAGCUGGCCUGGCGGCCCCCGUCUCCACCCUGGGUGCAGGAACGGGAAGCUCCCUGCAGUUGCCUUUGCCAAGACGUUUUUUCCUUCUCGCCGAAGUUGCUCAAAGUUGGCCGAGCCGAGGUAGCAAAGUCACCCAAAGCGCUGCGCCGGGCGGACUCCUGCCCCCGCCGUGCCUGGGAGGAGAGGUUGGUGGCCAGCGGGAUUUCUUUCCACACCCUGGGUCACGUACCCACCCCCUGCAGGGGCACGGCCGAUUGUGUGUAGUGGAGGCGGUGGGCGCUUCCCGCUCCCCCCGUGUCUGGGGCUCCGGAGAGGAGGCGGAGGAGGAAGAGGAAGAUGACGAGCCAGUGCAAUUAGCCUAACAAGGGACGGGUGGCGGCAGCGGCGGCUUUACCCCCGCACUGACACAUCUCCCCUCUCUCCCUCGCCAGCCAUGAAGGUGGAAGCCGGGGAGUUCAGCUGAAGUCCAGGGGGAUCGUCCUGCCCUGCCCCAUGGCAGCUCCGUGAAGCCUGCCCCCAGCCCCGGCACGGGGCCGGCUCGGGUUGCUGCUGGGCGUUGGGCGGGCAAGCGUGUGUUUUCCAAUGAGGGCUCCAGAGGAUUUGCUCCUCCUUUGUAACCGGGAAUGAAAUAAUGGCGACCCGAUGGGCAGCGGGGCCGCCCGGGGCAGAUGGAGGCACCGAGCCGCCCGCAGGCAGCAGCAGCCAGGUGUCAAAACAUAAAGAUGGAAAUGAGCAGAGUGAAGUUGUAUCGCCAUCGGAGGAAGAGGAAACAUUCUCUUGGCCUGGUCCAAAAACAGUUGUGUUAAGGAGGACGUCUCAGGGCUUUGGUUUUACCUUAAGACACUUCAUUGUUUACCCUCCCGAGUCUGCUGUUCACUUUUCUUUUAAAGAUGAAGAAAAUGGAAAUAGAGGAGGGAAGCAAAGAAACAGACUGGAACCAAUGGAUACCAUAUUUGUUAAGCAGGUUAAAGAAGGUGGACCUGCUUUCGAAGCUGGAUUAUGCACAGGUGACAGAAUUGUAAAAGUUAAUGGAGAGAGUGUUAUUGGGAAGACAUAUUCCCAAGUAAUUGCUUUAAUUCAGAACAGUGACUGCAUACUGGAACUUAGUGUUAUGCCUAAAGAUGAAGACAUCCUUCAACUGCUGAAGUUUACAAAGGAUGUCACAGCACUGGCAUAUUCCCAAGAUGCCUACCUGAAAGGCAAUGAAGCCUAUAGUGGCAAUGCUCACAACAUUCCUGAACCACCACCAAUAUGUUAUCCUCGAUUAACAUCCACAGCUUCUGUCAUGGCACAGUCUGUAGACAUACCGCCUUCUGACUCUUCAUUGGGCAAGCAGCAAGCCAGUAGACCAGUACGGACUUUGAUGCAGCCAGACAGGGCCUAUAGAAUGGAAAUACAAGUGCCUCCAUCGCCAACAGAUAUUGCAAAAUCAAAUACAGCUGUGUGUGUUUGCAAUGAAACCAUAAGGACUGUUGUUGUGCCUUCUGAGAAGGCUGUAGAUUUGCCAUCCUGUAGAACCAAUCAUGCUGGUCCAUCACACAGGACGGAGGAAGUGAGGUAUGGCUUGAGGGAUCAAACCACUUUAAAAACAAAAGCAUGGACCACAUCACCACCAUCUUCGGUGUCCACUGCUGUUGUACUUCCUCAGACUCCAGUUACAAGGCCAGUAGAUCCCCCUGGAAUGACAAGUAAAUCUGGAAAUUAUGGAGGACAUCCAGAAGGGAUCUCGAGCAUUAGACCUCCUGCAGGUUCUCCCCCAACCUCUACUAAUCACUAUACUUCUCCAAACUCCCACCAGCACAUAGACUGGAAAAACUACAAAACCUACAAAGAGUACAUUGAUAACAGACGUUUGCACAUGUAUGGCUGCCGAACAAUACAGGAAAGAUUGGAUAGUUUGAGAGCGGCCUCUCAGAAUGCAACUGAUUAUGUGGUUCCAAAUCGCACUAUUUCACAGGUACGACGCAGAAGCACCUCUCAUGAUAGGGUUCCACAGUCUGUUCAGAUCCGACAACGGAGUGUGUCCCAGGAAAGACUUGAAGAUCCAGUGCUGAUGAAAGAGUGGCCAAGAAGUGCUUCACAGGAUGCAUUAACUUUGCCAUCUAUUACUUCCAGGAACCACAGAACUCAGUCUUGGGAUUACCUUGGCAAACAGGGCGAAACAGAAAAUGUUUGUGCUGAGAAUCUUGUUGUAGAUUCAAACGGAGACAGAAAAAAGACUUACAAGUGGACUGGAUUUACUGAGCAAGAUGAUCGGCGAGGUAUUUAUGAAAGAUCCCGACAGCAUGCAUUUCACAUGUCCCUUCGAGGUCCACAUUUUUCAGUGGCUCCAGGUGCUUAUAAUUCAGACAGGCGAAAAAGCAAUAGAGCCUCUGUGUCUGCUUCUCAGCUCCAGAAAGUUCCAUCAGAUGUAAAAACACUGCGGCCUAUUAGGGAUUUUCAAAUAGCUGGUGGAAUUUCAAAGGCUACAACCACCUCACAAGAGAGAGCGUCUCUUGUGACAGACAGAAAUUCUAAAAGUAACUCUUUGAAGACCUCUGUUCCCUAUGCAGAAAAAUCUGCGCUUCCCGUUAACCAGAGCCUGGAUAUUGUGGCCAAAGACCAAAAAGCAGUAAAUCACUUGCAUCCAAGUAGUCUGUUAAAUCAUCAAUCAAGAAACCGAGGAGAAAAUGCCCCAGACCACAAAACAGAAAUUGGCAGGAGCAUCCAACCCCCCACUUCGACUGCAGCUUCUGCCAAACUUAUCCAACAGAUGAGCGAGAGCUCAGCUACCUCUGAUAACUUAGAUGUUUCCAUUAGACAAAAGAUUCAAGAUUUUGAAAGGGAAAAUGCACAAGAGCCUGAAAUUCAGCAACCAGAUGUUCUGGAAAAUGACACAGACACAGUUGUCUUGCGGGAAAAAUCUCCUUCUGGUCACCAGACUCCACAGCCUUUGAGACACCAGUCCUACAUCCUAGCGGUAAAUGACCAGGAGGCUGUCUCAGACACUACCUGUUGGUUACCUAAUGAUGCACGUAGAGAAGUACAUAUAAAAAGAAUUGAAGAAAGGAAAGCAUCAAGUUCCAGCCCACCUGGUGAUUCCUUGGCAUCCAUUCCAUUUAUAGAUGAUCCGAGUAGCCCUAGUAUUGACCAUGAUAUUGCACACAUUCCCGCUUCUGCUGUUAUUUCUGCAUCUGCUGCUCAAGCUCCCACUGUAACAACAGUUCCUCCCAGUCCCACAUCUUCAGUUCCUUUAAUUCGACGUCAGCUAUCCCAUGACCAUGAAUCUAUCAGGCCUAGUAUAUUGGAUGGUCAGUCUCCUGCAAAAACUGAGAGAUCCAAGUCUUAUGAUGAAGGAUUGGAUGACUAUAAAGAAGAAGGAAAAUUGUCUAUUAAACAUGUAUCUAGUUUAAAGGGGAUCAAGGUCCCAGACAGCCAAAAAUCUUCAGAAGACUCUGGAUCCAGACAAGAUUCCUCUUCAGAGGUCUUUGGCGAUGCCUCCAAGGAAGGAUGGCUCUAUUUUCGACAGCUUAUCUCAGACAAGGGAAAGCGAGUUGGUGGCAGCAUUCGGCCAUGGAAACAAAUAUAUGUUGUUCUUCGAGGUCAUUCACUUUAUUUAUACAAGGAUAAAAAAGAGCAGACAACUCCAUCUGAAGAAGAACAACCUAUUAGUAUCAAUGCAUGUUUGAUAGAUAUCUCAUACAGUGAAACCAAGAGGAAAAAUGUAUUUCGGCUCACCACAUCAGACUGCGAGUAUCUAUUUCAGGCUGAAGACCGAGAUGACAUGUUAGCAUGGAUUAAGGCUAUACAAGACAAUAGCAACCUCAAUGAUCAGGAUACUGGUGUCACUAGUAGGGACCUAAUUAGCCGGAGGAUUAAAGAAUAUAGCACAAUGAUGAGUUCUUCCAGCAGCAAAACAGAGCCAUCCCCCAAAACACCUCGCCAGAGUCUCAGUAUCAGGCAAACAUUCCUUGGCACUAAAGCAGAACAAAGGACCCAAAGUCCUCACUCUCCCAAGGAGGAGUCGGAAAGGAAGCUGCUCACUAAAGAUGAGACAAGUCCACCAAAAGACAAGGGAACAUGGCGAAAAGGCAUUCCAAACAUCAUGAGGAAGACAUUUGAGAAGAAGCCAUCUGCUUUAGGAACCUUUGGCGUUAGGCUGGAUGACUGUCCCCCAGCUCUCACCAAUAAAUAUAUUCCACUGAUAGUCGACAUAUGCUGCAAACUGGUUGAAGAACGAGGCCUUGAAUACACAGGUAUAUACAGAGUCCCUGGAAACAAUGCUGCUAUCUCAAGUAUGCAAGAGGAACUCAAUAAAGGAAUGACUGACAUCGAUGUUCAUGAUGAUAAAUGGCGAGACUUGAAUGUGAUAAGCAGUUUACUGAAAUCCUUCUUCAGAAAGCUCCCAGAACCACUUUUUACUAAUGACAAAUAUGCCGAUUUCAUAGAUGCCAAUAGAAAAGAAGAUCCUAUUGAGCGGCUGAAAACACUUAAGAGGCUGAUUCACGAUUUACCUGAACAUCAUUAUGAAACACUUAAGUUUCUUUCUGCACAUCUGAAGACCGUAGCAGAGAAUUCAGAAAAGAACAAGAUGGAACCAAGAAACCUGGCUAUAGUGUUUGGUCCAACCCUUGUGAGGACAUCUGAAGACAAUAUGACACACAUGGUUACUCAUAUGCCAGACCAGUACAAAAUUGUAGAAACACUUAUCCAAAAACAUGACUGGUUUUUCACAGAAGAUGGUGCCGAGGAGCCUCUUACAACAGUUCAGGAGGAAAACACUGUAGAAUCUCAGCCAGUGCCAAAUAUAGAUCAUUUACUCACCAACAUUGGAAGGACGGGAGUAUCUCCUGGAGACGUAUCAGACUCCGCUACUAGUGACUCAGCAAAAUCUAAGGGUUCUUGGGGAUCUGGAAAAGAUCAGUAUAGCAGGGAACUGCUUGUGUCCUCCAUCUUUGCAGCAGCCAGUCGCAAGCGAAAAAAACCAAAAGAAAAACCACAACCAAGCAGCUCAGAAGAUGAGCUGGAUAAUGUGUUUUUUAAGAAGGAGCUUGCUGAACAAUCUCAUGGUGAUGUAACAAAAGAGGACACAGCUAAAGAGGAAUGUGAGAGAGAGAUGGUAGGAAGAAAACAAAGGAUGUUUGUUCCAAAAGAAAAAGAGAACAGCAUUAAAAAAGACAUGAAUGUUGCAAAGGAUGAAAAGAAAUCAUUCAGGAAAGAGAGCAGCCCCUUAGAGGAGCCUUCACUACCUUACCAACAAAAAUAUACAAAAUCACCCAAUCUUGGCCAUCGGCUAACAAUACUGAACAAUAGUCAUAAAAUGCCUAUUUCACAAGCCUCACCCCAGGUUGAAGAGACGGUGUCUGACUCUGGCACUAUGCUAAGCACUUCUUCCCAGGCUUCCUUGCACAGAUUUCCAGGCAAAAAAUUAACCAACCCUGAAAUUAAAUGCAGUGAAUUUUUAGCUGCUGAUGUCAGUUCUAUCACCUCAGAUUACUCAACCACUUCAUCUACUACAUACGUAACUGGUUUUGAUUCUAUGCUGACCCCUGAAGUGCAAUCGGUGACAGAAAGCAAGGGGGAUGAGGCUGAUGAUGAAAGAAGUGAAUUGAUCAGUGAAGGUCGUCCCAUGGAAACUGACAGUGAAAGUGAUUUCCCUGUCUUUGCUACAAGUUCUGCUGCUGAGAGGAUAUUCAGGGGGAAAAUGCAAGACGUGCCAAAAACAAAUCGGAGGAACUCCGAAGAAAGCGAAGUAAGUUGUACUGAGGGAAGUUCAACACCCAAGUUAGACAGCCGCAGACUGUUUAGCUCUCACAAACUUAUUGAAUGUGAUACGCUAUCUAGAAGAAAAUCUGCCCGGCACAAAACAGAUAGUGAAGGAUCAGGGGAUGCCAAGAGUGAGAAGGAAUCGCCUGCAAUGACCAAAAUGUUUGAUAUAAUGAAAAAAGGAAGAUCAACAAGCAGUUUAACUACAUCAACUAGAAGUGAAACUGAAAAACAAGAACCUACGUGGAGACUUAAAAUAACUGACAGAUUAAAACUGCGUCUCAAAGCAUCUGCAGAUGAUAUGUUUGGUAUAGGAAAUCAAAAAUCUAGCUCUGCAGAGACCUCAAAGAAAAAAAAUAUCAGGCGAAGGCAUACGCUCGGAGGGCAGAGGGAUUUUGCAGAAAUAAGUGUUUUGAAUGCAUGGAAAGCUCAAGAGCAGGGUCAAAGUAGAGAAAGAGAAUCUGAACUUUCAGCUGUGAAUCGGUUGAAGCCAAAAUGUCCAGCCCAGGACCUCUCAAUUUCAGAGUGGCUUGCACGGGAACGUUUACGCACUAGCACAACUGACCUUAAUACGGGUGAAACUGGAGAGCCCAAACUUGAGAACACUAGCUUAACAGAUGUAUCAAAGGCAGAUCUGCCUUUAUCUGCAGAGAUGCAGGCAGAUGAAGGCAGUUCUUCUAGUAGCUUGACUUUGAUCAAUAGAACACCACCUCUGUCAGGACCACUCCAGCUCCCUGACCAGAUAAAUGGUGAAAGUUACCAGAGCAUGAACAAAAGCAACUUCAGUGCAGCAGUCGAUGCCCAUCCUCAUAAACUCUCUGGGACGCAGGUGGUUAGAUCUCGAUUUUACCAGUAUCUUUGAAAUGGGGAAAGGUCUACUACAGCAAUUCAGUAGCUUACUGUUACACUUCCCAAUAGCCCUGUAUAUAUUUUCCUGUACUGUUGUUUUUAUGCAGCCUUCAUUUGGGCUGGAUUCAUCCAUCUGCACUGUGGAAAGUCUUCACAGUGCAUUACUACAGCCAGAAGAACAUUUUUUAAAAAGUUAGUCUAUAUCUAUUUUAAGAAAAAGUAUAUUUGAUGGCUGCAUACAAAUGUUGAACAAAGCAUCUGAUGCAACAUGCUAUGUAGUGUGUAGAUGGUUUUAUGACUGAAAGUUGGCCUUGCAUUAGUAUGCAGAAAAAAUUGUUCUUUUGGGUUAGUCACUAACAAGUGCCUCAUCAUAAAUUCAUUUGGUUUGUUAGGGUGCCAUAUUGUUAAUUGUUAAAUUAGAGAAACAUACCACAAACACACACACAUUUUAUUGGUAACAAAUUUCAUUACAUUUUACAGAUUUUAACACAGGUGGGUACAGAGCUUCCAUUCCUUAGGCAUUCCAGUUGGAUCUCUGAGUUUUAUAUUCCAAUUUUAAUACAGUUUUUGAGUUUUAUGUGACUUGAAUUUUUAAUCUUUCUGUAAAAUAAGUAACUUAAAUGUACAUAUUACAUGUGUAUCUUUUCUUCAGAUACCAGAUUUGAUAUAAAUGUUGUAACAUAGGCGUGUAGAUAGUGGAUCCUGGAUGGAACUGGUUUCUUUUAUUGAGAAGAAUAUAAUUCUGCAUGAAGACUUAACGAAUCCAAACUUGUAUCAUGCCUGUGUGCAUCUACUUAAACACUGGAAAUAAAACUGUUUUUGUGA